ACGCAUGCGCAGAAUGUACUGACGUGUCAGGGAGGCAACUUUGUAGCAAGAAGUUCUGGUAGGAGAUAAAGUAGAGAGCGUCUGCGGAAAAGUUUAUCAUCCUAAGGCAGCCAGGAUGAAGGGACAUCCCAGGGACAAUAUGAAGGAGCACACUACAGUGAGGAGUGAACAGAAGCCUGGAUUCUUGGAGCGUCUCAGUGACACAGCAGGAGGGAUGCUGGUUGGGCUCCUUGCUUUCUCCCUUUCCUUUUAUCUCCUAUUUACUAAUGAGGGCCGAGCUGUACAGACAGCAACUUCCCUUGAUGAAGGGCUCUCCAUUGUUGUUCCAGUGGGCAACAUCCACUCAAUAGACCAUCAAAAUGAAGCAAACCUGGUGCAUUUGUCUGGAGCACUUCGGACUUCUAAGCCAUUGUAUGAUCCAAAUUAUGGCGUUUCCAUUCAUUGUGUAAAGCUGAAGCGUCAGGUUGAAAUGUACCAGUGGAUUGAAUAUGAAGAAUCAAGACAGUAUGAAGAAAAUGGAGAACAGAAAACAGAGACAAGAUACACCUACAAUACUGAAUGGCGAUCGGAAAUUGUGAGCAGCAGGCAUUUUGAUCGAGAGAUUGCGCAUCAGAAUCCCAGUGCCAUGGCUGUGGAAUCUUUUACUGCUGUAUCUUCAGAUGUACAAGUUGGAAGUUACUACUUGUCAAAAGGUCUUGUUGAUAAAAUCGAUAAUUUCAAGCAGAUGAGCCUGUCUCAGUUGGGGAACCCACAUGCUGAUGUGAUUGCAGAUGGGGGUUAUUUCUACCACAGCGCCAACCCCAAAAGUCCGGAGGUGGGGGACCUGCGCAUUUCUUUCUGGUACGCUGGCGUGGCCCUGGGUGGUGCCCAGUUUGGGCAGCCAGAUAUGGUCAGUGUGAUUGCUCGGCAGAGAGGAGGGGAGCUGGGUGCCUAUAAAACUAAAUCUGGGGAUGUGCUGGAGCUGUUACACAUGGGGACCUACAGCGCUCAGGAAAUGUUUGAGGCAGAACACAAGAGUAAUAAUCUAAAGACCUGGGCCCUGCGUGGCGCUGGCUGGCUGAUGAUGUUUGUUGGCAUAAGCCUGAUGACCAAAAUAUUCUACACACUGGUUGACUGGUUUCCUCUGGUGCGGGACCUGGUAAGUCUCGGCCUGAAGAUCUGUGCCUUGUGCGUAUCCUCGUCCCUCUCCCUGCUGACCAUCGCAGCUGGCUGGAUUUUCUAUCGUCCGCUGCUGGCGUUGUUGCUGAGCGCUGCUGCUAUUGGCAUCAUUGUACUUGCAAGGUCCCGCGUACCUCCCAAAAAGUAUCAAUAAGUUUAUGUUGCACUCACCCAAAGGGAAUUUCUAAUAUUAUCUUUGACUUUAUCAGCACCACUGAUUGAAAAAGGACAACCCAAUGGGACAGUAAAUAUCCUACAUUGGUGCUAUUUUAGUGCAUUAGACAUGGGUAUGGGUUGCUAACUGGAAUAAGCUCUUCCUAUUCUCCUUUAAUGCAAUGCAAUAAUGGUGUAAAGUUACAUUACAGAAGCCACACACUGAAGCCUAUUGUACCUGGCAGCAUCUCCAUUAAUCAUUGUGUACAUUUUAUGAAAUUGGUAAUUGGGCAUUAAGUUAAAUAUCCUUCUGAACUGAAAUUUGCCCCAGGUUCUGUCUGGAAGUAACUGGUGUCUGAGUAACACAAAACAAGUAGUGUUACACUUUGCCAACAUGCUCCCUGGAAUCUGGGUACUGGGCAAAAAAUUUUUCUCUUAGGUAGAAAAGAGCUGGGCAAAGGUACAGUGCCACAUAACUCCUGUUGGGGUUUUAUGGCUGACAUUCCUGACCCUUAGUCUUAAGCCACACAGGCCUGCAUUUUAUUAGAGAAUCCGUCCCUCUGCUCCAACCAGCUUUCCCAUGUUCCUAACCCAGAGUCAUUUCAUCAUCCCAGGUGCAAGCACAUGAAGCAAACUUGGGCGGCAAAAUCUCCUCUGUUUGCCUUCACCUGGGCUGACACUAAAAGUUUAUUGGAACAUAGGGGCUGAUUCUCGCCCUGCAUUUAUGUCCCAUGUGGCUUAAGCCACUGGCUCUGGUAUAUACAGUCUGAAGGUAACCACAGCCGCUGUGUUAUCAGAUCUGAUGGUUUAGCUCUCCCAUUACAGAUUAGCCCAUUUCAGUCAAUCCCUUUACAAAAUACAUCUGUGUUAACUGACCAUUUAUACAGUCAGACAUUCAUUCAAUGAUGUUUGCCAUUAGCUUCCACGUGUAUUUAUAUUCAGCUUUUGAAAGCAUUACUGAAAAAUCUCCUACCCGGAAGGUUAGCCAAGUGCCCCGAUUAACCAUUUAACUGCUUUAUAUUUCCUAUUCUGCCUUCUAAGUUUGCCCUUUGUGACUGCACAUAUCAUUGUUAAAGCACAAGACCAAGGGAAGCAUCAUUUGCACUAAAGUAGAUUGCUCACCCACUCAAUUUUUGCAUUAUAUAGUGGUUGUAUUGACAUAAACCAGUUAUUUAAAGUAGUUUAGUUAUAAUCAAAUGUACCCACAAUGGGCAGCAAUAUGUCCCAAUUGGUUUUGUACUGUUUACAGCACUGGUGAGACACAGCAAGGCCUACUGACAUUCUAUUCCCACUCUGGCACUCAGAUGUCACUUGUGACAUCACCAUAAUUGGGUUAAAUACGCUCAGGUGACUCCUUGUAUGGUCACAGUUGGGGAGGAGCCACAAGGUCCCAAUAUGUCUUUACCAGUGCUUCGUAACCAGAUUUGUUUUGCUUUUAUUAUUUUUUUUUUUUUUUCUGAAAAACUAUUGAAUAAAAAUAAAAUGGCCUAACGGGACAAUUUUUUUCCAUGCCAGUGUGGCCUGAACUGUUUCAGAUAUAGGCUGUAUUAUACAACAUUAAAGGAUAAAUAAAUGUAAAACUGAUGAGAGUGCUAUUCUAAGCACUUUUGCAAGAUUACAAGAUAGUAAGGGAUACAUGUAACUUUUGUCACAUCUUAUUUAACCAGAAGAACAUCAGAUCAGGCCUCUUUCUUUCUCCUGACAAUAUCCUUGACUGGAUCAGUGUAGAAAACUGACCAGCAGGUGUCACUGUUGUAACAAAAUUCAUUCAUAUUAACAGUACAUAUAUCGCUUAAUAAUGAAUGUAAAUUGCAGAAGUGCUUAGAAUAAAAGGUUUACUUAUCCUUUAAAUAUAGAAACUGUAACACAUGGUCACAUUUAAAGCUAUGGCAACUGUAGAAUUUUGGGUACGGUCUGCUUUUUAUAGUUCUUAUGUAUAGCGUAUGUCUACUUGCAAUAUCAAACCCUCAAGUUGUAUCAGUGUUGCAAAGCUACUUUUUCACGCACAGAAAUAAAAUGCUAUUUAUACACA